AUGAAGCUUUCCAUGGUUACCAUCGCUAUGAGCGCCAGCUUGGCUCUCGCUACCCCACUCAACCGGCGCAGCGAUGAGUUCACCAAGCGCGCUCUGACUGCUGAGGAGGCUGACGAGAUUACCAGGCGUGCGCUAAAUGCCCAGCAAAUCGGGGAUAAGCGUGCUUUCGCUGGCGAGGAUGGUGUGUAUAUCACCAAGAGCGGUGCUAUGGACUUCCGCUAA